AUGCCGUCCUCUAGAUCCAACGAAAACCAGUCCUCCACGGGCCGUACAGGUCCACAGGGAGAACCAGCCAGUGGCAACCGUCAACAGGGCUCGUCGAACCAAGCAAGAAGCCAGGGCAACGAUAGUUCGGCAGAAAUUCUGGAGUACUACCGCUCCAACACCGACAGACUGCUGGAGUUCCUCUCGCGCAGCGAUGACGAGUCGCUGAAUCGCCUCGUCACGAUCGUACGUUCGGGCGCCUCCUACGAUGUUGUUUUCACCGCAAUCGAGCAGUCCUCCACGAACGGGAGCAUAAACCAGCCGAAUGGCACGAGCCAUUAA